CCCCCACCUCCGACCGCCUCGACCGCCCUUAAUCUCUCUUCAAGGCAUUAAGGGAAAUAGAUAGGUAUCCCGUCGGUGCGCAUUCUCUUGGGAGGGAAGGGGUUAGGGUUAGGAGUCAGAAUCGCACGCGACUCGGACGAGCGCGGGGCGGGUCGGCGGGUUUGCUGCGGGUCAUGCAUGUCACUUCGCAGCCCAGUUUCCCACCACACCCCAACCACCCCAACAUGGACGGCGACGAAGAAGCAGCCGCUCAUCUACCAGACUACUUGCAACAGACUGCAACUCGCCCUCGCGGAACAAGCAGCAACAGUCUCGGCGCACGCGUCAGCUGGGUCUGGAAAUACUUCGUCCGAACGGAAGAUCAGGUUAUCUGCCAGGUCCAAACAGAACACGGAAUAUGUGGGAACUCUUACAAAUAUUUGGGGAGGCAGUCGGGGACGAAAGGCUUGCAGAGGCACUUGACCGGAAAACAUGGGCUCUCUGAUGACAAGGUUGCUACUAGUAACAAGACAAGUCCAAACUCGAAGCGGACGACCCAUGCAACAUCCAGCACGCUCGGACAUGACCGGACCCUGAAAGGUCACGUCGAUACAGUAGGAAGUGUCAGCUAUGGCACGUCGAUGCCUCUCGAGACGUUGCGCAACCUCUACCUUCAAUACGACGCGUCGGGCGAUCAGAACGCGUUAGAGACCAUCACCUACAGCACGGCACGCGAUUACCCACCAGUGCGGAAUCUCGCUCAACCGGAUAAGAAGCGUAUUCUCGUCACUGGUGGCGCUGGCUUUGUUGGAUCGCAUUUGGUUGACCGGUUGAUGCUGAUGGGUCAUGAGGUCACUGUCCUGGACAACUUCUACACGGGACGGAAAAGGAACAUACAGCAUUGGUUUGGGCACCCCAAUUUCGAGCUGGUUCGGCAUGACGUGACAGAUCGGUUUAUGAUCGAGGUCGACCAAAUAUACCAUCUAGCGUGCCCUGCAUCGCCACCGCACUACCAGUACAAUCCCAUCAAAACCCUCAAAACCAGUAUCAUGGGAACCAUGAACAUGCUGGGACUCGCCAAGCGCAAUAAAGCAAGAUUUCUCCUCACAUCCACCUCGGAGGUAUACGGGGACCCAAUGGAGCAUCCCCAGAAAGAGACGUAUUGGGGCAACGUGAACCCCAUCGGCCCCCGCGCCUGCUACGACGAAGGCAAACGGGUCGCCGAAUCCCUCGCCUACGCCUACGUCCACCAAGAACAGCUCUCGGUCCGCGUCGCCCGCAUCUUCAACACCUUCGGCCCGCGCAUGAACGAAAACGACGGCCGCGUCGUCUCCAACUUCAUCCUCCAAGCCCUUCGCGGCCAGAACCUCACCGUCUACGGCGACGGCGACCAGACCCGAUCGUUCCAGUACGUGCACGACCUCGUCGACGGACUGAUCAUGCUCAUGAAUUGCGAGGAGGCGAGUGAGCCGGUCAACUUGGGAAACCCGGAUGAGUACACCAUUGCGGAUUUCGCGGAUAUUAUACGGAAUACGGUCAACCCCGGUGUGGAGGUCGUUAGGCUGCCGAGUACGGUGGAUGACCCGCAGCGGAGACGGCCGGAUAUUUCACGCGCCAAGGAGUGGUUGGGAUGGGAACCGAGGUUUUCGGUGAAGCAGGGCAUUGAGGAAACGGUGGAAUAUUUCAAGAGGUUGAAUGCGGUGCCGGGGAGGGAAACGGAGCAGCAGCAGCAGCUUGGAGCACAGAAAGACGGUGCAGAAAGUUGGGCCACACCUGCCUCACAACACGAGUCGGGUUGGGUGUACAGACCGCAGCAUGCGAACCCAACAUCAUUUCCGCAAUCACUAUGAUGCCUGCCGUUUUCCCUGAUUUUGCACGUGAUUGAUGCACCGCCUUUCAAAACUUCAUACACAUGUACAUUUCGUAAACUCAAAACUAUUAACCCA